UUUCUUGCCGAAUUUAGGUAUGAGGAUAGUCAAGCCAUCCGAGCCGUGGCGUUCCAUCCAACUGGCCGGUACUUCGCUAUUGGGACGAAUUCAAAACAACUGCACAUAUCCAAGUACCCUGAUCUUCGACGGUCCGUGUACUGCUUGUCGUUCAAUACUACCGGUGAAUUACUGGCAACUGGCUCUAACGAUAAAACUCUACGAUUGAUGGCAUUCAGUUCGGAUGCUUGCAAAAUUGGAGCUGAGAUGGAAUUCGGCUACCACGAUGGGACAAUCAGAGACGUGGUAUUCUUAGAGGAUAGCGUGAACAGGACAGCGUUGCUGGUCAGUGGCGGCGCUGGCAACUGUCAUCUGAACAUCACUGAUUGUCACACAGGACAACUACUGCAGUCGGCGCGGGGUCAUAGUGGUAGUCUUUCAUCUCCGAUCCUUGGCCUCUUUACCUGGAAUACCGGUCCGCUGUUCACAUCCUGCUCUCAGGACAAGACGAUUCGUUUCUGGGAUGUACGAUUGCCGCAAGCUAUCAAUGUGAUUCAGCCAAACAACAAAUCUCACACAAUUCUUAACACCUCAGGUGCGCCUGUGACAUCGGUGUGUGUGGAUCCGUCUGGGCAGUUAUUAGUCUCUGGGCAUGAGGAUGCUUCUGUGACGCUAUAUGACAUCGCUGGAGCACGGAUCUUACAAACGUACAGGCCUCAUGGUGAUGAGGUUAGGACGGUACGAUUCAGUAACGCUGCUUAUUACCUUCUAUCUGCCAGCUAUGACAAGAGAGUCGUGUUCACCGACAUGAGGGGUGAUCUGAUGGCACCGCUGAUUUAUUUGCCGAUAGCCGAACACUCUGAUAAAGUCAUCCAGUGCAGGCGAGUCAUUACUUUUAAUCUGCCAUCUCUUUUUCCUUUCUUAACAAAGAAAUCAACCUACUAUCUUUUGUAUCCAUGGCAUCCAUUCGACUUCUCGUUCUUGUCGACGAGCGCCGACCGAAGUGCCGUGUUGUGGGCUUUGCCACCACCUCCACGACUUUAG